AAAGCAAGCACACCCAAGCAGAUUCACGACUACACCAACACCUAACGAGGCAAAAACAAAACAAAGAUCUUCAGCGACCUAAAUUGCUCAUCCUACUAAUGCCAACACGCAAAUAAUCAUCUUUACGACCCUGUAGCCUUGUGGCGCGCUUUCACCAGCGCAAGCACAUGCUUCAUGAGACAACUAGUCCCUGAGGUUGUCGGUCUGUCAAGGACGACUUCCUGAUUGACUACCUGGAGGGAACUCACAUUUGGCCACCUCUACACUGAUCACGAACACCGAUACUUUUUUAACAUUGAGCGACUUCAACUCAAAAACAACCAUGGAAGCUCGCAUGAUGCCACGCCCGCGCCGGCGGCCAUUGACGAUUGCCGAAAUCGUGGAGCAGGCAGACCAGUUUGACUUUAAUACCAACAUUACCUUGAAACAAUGGGUCGGUGCAGCCGAGACUCUAUACCGUGAGGGCGAGAUUUACAAAGAAGAGGGCAACUUUGCCAAAGCAUACCUCCUCCUGCUUCGCCACUGCUCUUUAGUCCUGAAAAAGUUUCCCGAACACCCAUCGGCCCACACUCGUGACGGUCGCAGGCUGAUAAAGCCCCUACAAGAACGACUGACCCGUAUUAUCUCGGAGCUGGAGGAUCUUAAGAGGCAUAUCAACGAGGCGUACAACGAAUGGGAAAGACUGGUUAGGACAGGGCAAAUCGAAGACCGGCCCGUUCCCGACAGCAGGUAUGACCAGUAUGCGGCCCAGGACCCGGCGCUCUCAUGGAACAACGCUACUCAGGCCCAGUUGUUGGACGCUGGGAACAACCAGGAGCUGGCUGUGCGGCUGGCCAAGGAUGAUUACAUCCGGCGAGACGCGGCUAGGCGCUCGAUUCGUCAGGCCGGAGUGUCGGAAUAUGAGGAGCAAGUCCGUCGCAGUGGAGGUGUCUGGGAAGACUGGGAUGCCCGGAGGGGAAUGGGCCCACGUAAUAUGGUUGACGAUCGCAACGACAUACAACGCCAGAUUCAGGAGACUCGAAGGAGGCUGGAUAGGCCCAACGAACAAGACUCGGAAGCCGUGGUACGAGACUUUAGCCGUAAUGAUAACCGACCACCAAGCGCAGCUUCGAGAUCAUCAUCACGGCCCCCUAUCCCGAACCCGACCUCACAGCACUACAACUACCCUUCAGUCUCGAGACCGAGGCCGUUAAAUUAUAACUCAUAUGAGACAGCACCAGCACCUUCAAGACCACCAAAAGAGCAAUACCCAAGCUCUCAACACAGGCCAUUAGAGCCCUUUCCGCCUCCAAUACCACGAAAAGCUCCUGAAGCGGGGCGUGCCCCUCCUACUCUUCCACCCAAGACUCUAGACCAGCCAGAUGACAGGAGCGGUCAAAACUCGGUAUCUUCUGUGGACCGGGCGGUGAACGAACUCUCCAAGCGAAAGAACAUAACAUUCUUGCCGGCUGGCUACACAGAAGCCGGGAAACCUCUAAGACCCAUCUUUGUUCCGCGUUACCUCAAGGACAAAUUCCUCGAAAUAGCAGCCCCGAACACUAGACAAGGGCUAGAACUUUGUGGCGUCAUCUGCGGGAGGCCGAUCAAUAACGCGCUAUUUGUCGCCGCUCUUCUUAUUCCUAACCAGAUCUGUACCUCGGACACAUGCGAGACGGAAGACGAGUUCCAGAUUUUCGAGUUUUGCGACAAGGAGAACAUGAUAGUAAUUGGCUGGAUACACACGCAUCCGACGCAGACGUGUUUUAUGAGCUCGAGGGAUUUGCAUACCCACGCGAGCUACCAGGCCAUUUCGCCCGAGGCGGUAGCAAUUGUCUGUGCACCCAAAUACAACGAAUUUGGAGUUUUCCGCUUGACAGACCCUCCAGGCCUCCCGCACGUGUUGCGGUGUCCCCACACGAAUACGUUCCACCAGCAUGAACUGCCAGAGAGCGAAAUCUACAAGACUGCUCUGCACCCAGUCAGCCAUGUGUACAUGUCAGAUCAAAUAGAUUUUGAUGUCACGGACCUGCGGCCGAAGUGAUAGGGUUGUCUGGGGAUUCAUCAGGUCUGAUUAUGUUCAGACUUGAUUUGCUGGCAUUGAGUAGUGGACGUCGGUGGCUGCUAGCCUGCUAAGCAACAGCGUACUGUCACUUUAUAUAGUCUUGUAUUUUGUUUUUUGAUUCUGGGCUCAUCCUAGCUUUUUCUUGGGUCGUGGAGUUUUUAGGUGGUUCCAUUACUUCGAGUGGUAGGCGUUGGGAUUUGCGGAUCUCUGUUUGCCGGAGAGACUAAUCGUCUUGGAAUGCCGGUAAUUAGUCAUUUUGAUGCAUCUUGGCCCGUUCAUUCUGUUUCGUUUCGUUUCUGUUUCUUUCUUGUUCUUUUUGGCAUCGGGCCAUGAGCAUGGAGAGCAACAAAAGCAGGUCAUUUUGGAACUGGACCCGGGCAUUAAGAUGAAGUUUGACUGUUGUCACACCUAAUGACUGCAUUGUUUUCGACAGAAGCAGACAAUCGAUUUACAACCACUAAUUGGUACGUAUUAGAUAUCAAUAUGUAAGGGUGGGGGUCUGGUUCUGGGAGGAGGUCGAUGGGCUUGUUUGCUCUGAAGGAUAUACGGAAGAAAUUAAGAUUCGGGUGCGUCGAUAAGUUUGUGUACUUCGACCGCCCAUUCUAGCUGGCCAACCAACAGCCUCCGCAAAAGCAGAAUUCUUUC